UGUCAGUAGAUAGAGCCAUCAAAUCCACGCGCGCAUUCACGCCCGCAUCCGAAACUAUUACACUCCGACCCACCAAAAGCAGCACCCAUUAAUCUACCCCUUUUCCGCUUUCCCAUUAAAAUCGACGAAUUCUUCGCCGUAGAAAGCAGAUUCGCGAACGGAAACAGCAGCACCGUUGCGUGUUCAUGUACUAGCACUAUAAUUCUUGCAAUUUGUUGUGGUUUCUUCCCUCUUCGCUUCGAUCAAACCGCGAUACGAGUUGAUAUAAACAAGAAAACGUGUUAGUGCUGUCCCCAAUCGGUGGAUUCCGAGUCCGAUGUCUCGAUCGACAUUUUAAUUCCGAUUUAUUUUUGGUGAAUUGUCGUGGAUUCCGCGGCCGCGGGGGCGCAGUGUCAAAGGUGUGACCAGUCGCGAUGCAGUACCACCACCGCAGCCGCCUGCCGCCGCCUCCUCCACCGCCGUUUGGCCGCGGUAGUGGUGCCGUGUACCCCGGCGGCCACAAGCAGCUGUACGCUCCUCAAACUCCUCCUCGGCCCCCGCUUCUUGCGCCGCCGCAUCGCAGAUACGAGGUGCUCAUGGAGGCCGGCCGCCUGGCGGCCGAGUACCUGGUAUCCACGGGCGUGCUCCCGCCGUCCUCCCUACAGCGCGGCGGCGGCGACCCGUGGGCUGUUCCUCCUCCUCCACUGCCUCAACCGCCGCAGGAACCCCCCGCAUUCUAUGACUGGAGGAGGUACGAUGAUGUAUAUAGCAAUAACCCUGGCACCCGGCCUAGGUGGAACAGUAGCAUUACUAGUUGUUGUACUAAUAGAGAUGAUUACAGUAAUGGUGGUAGCUACAAUGGGAGAUGGAAGAGAAAGUAUGGGGAGUACAGAAUGGGGUAUCCAGAUCGUGGAAGGGAGAGGGAGAAGGAGAGAGUAAGGUUGAAUUCGAAUGGUCGACGCUAUGAGGAAGAUAAGGACGAGGAUGGUGCUCCUGGAUUUCAGAGGGAUCCGCGGUCCAGUGGGGAGAAUGACGAGUCUAGGAGAUGUGUGACGGAUGAGGUGAAAGAGGCGGCACCUUUCAUGGAGAAGGCUGUAGGUCAGUUGGAGAUGAAGGAUACCAGAUUGAAUGCUGAUGUUAGGAAGAAUGCUGAUGCUCUGCAGGAGUUGCAGGCUGAGAAUGAAGGUGAGAUGAAAGAGAAUAAAAUACUGAGUUCAGAAUUAGAGAUGGACCCUAACGGUGAUGUCAAUAACACUUCUAUUGUAGUUGUUAUGGAGGCAGAUGCGAAGCUUUUGCCAGAUGGUAAGGUUGUGGGUGAGGAAGCUGAAGAUAACAACAAAGUUUUGUGUGACCGUAUUGCCUUGAAUGAUGACAUGGAAAUUUUGGAAAAUGGUUUGCAUGUCGACAGGAGGAGUUUGCUUAAACGCUGUGACUUUGCAAAAGCUCCAACGAAGCCCAGGUCAUGCCAUGCACAUAGAAAGUCAGUAACUGAAACAGUCGAUCUAGUUUCUUCUAGAGAAGGUUCGAAGAUGGUAGCUGAUGAAGCAGCAAAUGAGAGAUCUUUGACUAACAUCCAGCCAGAUAACAGAGAAGAUCAAAUCUACCAAGAAAGUACUGUCUCUAAGACAGCUUACAAAGAAAUAACAAUGGAACCUAUGCUUCUCCAAGAAAACAAAACAUUAGUCGUUACUGAAAAUAUGAAAGAAUACAGGAACGAUGCACAACUCCAUGUAGUCCAGGAAUACAAGGAAGAACAAGAUGUAUCAUCUUUGACAAUUUCUCAGAAGGAUAACUUGAUGCAAGAAAAUGACUUAUCUCCAUUGUCGGCUUCUCGCAAGGGUGGCUUGAUGCAAGAAACCAACCUAUCUACGUUGACAGGAACGCAGGAGGAUAUCAUGAUCGAAGAUGCCAACCUAUCUCCAUUGCCAGAUGCUCACAAUGAUGGCUUGAUUGCAGAAACCAACCUAUCUCCAAUGGCAGAUGCACACAAUGAUAGCUUGAUUGAAGAAUCUGAUCAAUCUCCAUCGACAGCUUCUCACGAAGUUACCUUGAUGCAAGAAACUGACAUAACUCAGUCAUUAUCUUUACAUAAAAAUAACUUAAAUCUGCAAUUUAAGGAAGGAGCCCAGAUUUGUGAUACUGAAAUUGUGCCAAAAGAAGUGGGCUUGUUUGAGUUUUCUGAUCAGAAGAACAUUGUUGGUGUUGAUUUGUUUUGUAAUGCCGGGGCUGAAACUAUCAUCCAAAUGGAAGAAGAAGAAAAGCUGGAUCAAUCCAGCUCAUUCAGAAUACCUAAUAAUCCUGGCUUUGGCCAACACUCUGCACCAGGAUAUUCAGUGGAGCCACAUAAACAACUGCAAGAAGAUUUUGGAGCAAAUGUGGGAGACAUUGUCGGUGGUACAAAUAAUUUGUGCCAAGUUUCAUUAGACAAUAACUCUGUCCAAGUAUUUGAUAUAGAAGAUGACAUGCCAAUUGAAGGUGCUGGCUUUGAUUCUUCAAAAGCAAAGAACGCGAUGAUAUGCUCUAGCAUGGAUGUCAUAAUGCACCCUAGCAUACAUACUGAUGAUCUUCCUGUAAUUGAAGAUGGUUACAAUCUUACACUUUCUGAUUAUCUAGUGGCUGAUAUACCAUGCUACACAUCAUUGCGACCUGAUCUUCAAGCUGGUAUAUGUACCAAUGAUUCUGAGGGCAUCCCUGUCAUGGAUGAUCCAAUAUAUGGGUCUCUCACUGAUAUUGGAUCUAUUUGGUAUGUGAAAAGGAUUGGCACAUUUGCGUUGGAAUCUAUAGGCCAACCUUCUUAGGUUAAGGACUAUAGUGAAUAUCAUAAAAGCAUCGCGGGUGCUAGUGAAAUGAAUGGCAAACUCAUGCAUGAUAUUCAGUACCUUUGGCAAUUAAAAAUUCGGGAUUAGUUGGAAAGUACUCACGUUGGUAAUACCUAUUCAAUGGCUAGGUAAUGUGAAAAUUGCUGCAUGCUUGAUUCAUACUACACCCCGCCCACUUUUGGUAUCAUUUUAAGUAGGUUUCAUGGAUGUUUGGAGCCAGCCAGCUGAGGACUUCGAGAAAUUCUUCUAAUCCGCUGCCAAAACCGGGAAUUGUUCAAAAACGUGACAAAAAUAACAUGUGUAGCAUAGCGUAGGGAAGAAUAAGCAGAUUGCCCCUCCUGUCAAAGAAAAGGCAAUCAUACUGUAGCAAUAGAGAAAUUCUAAUGCCGAUACUAGUUUGAUGGAGCAAGUCUCUGAUUCAAAGUUAAUUUUAUGUGCAGUUCGAUAUUGUAGGAUAUGUAGAUUCUUUUUGCUGUUUUAUUCUGGAAAUAGUUGCGGAACCAGCCUGCAUAUAUUGGAUGAUUGAACAUAGCAUUGUUUUGCGAACGUGAUCUUUCUCCAAGGUGAAAAUCUAAGAUAUUUGAUCGGGCAAUGACAAUGCUUGUACUUUGUUUCCUUCUUGAAGGAGUUGCUUUUGGAGAACCUCAUUUGUAGUCUGGGUGUUGUUUUUGGUGGUGGUUAGAGUGCUGCUACUCCGGUGAUUGAUCACCAUGGCGGGUCUUUUUUCUUUUUUGUUUUAUCUUUUUUUUGGGCUGUGUGCAUCCUGAAUGUUUUUAGGAUCUUGUUGUUGCAGAGGCUGAGUGUAAUUGAUAUCUUCUUGAUAUUAAUAUAUAUUUUUUUUUAACC